AUGAGUAGAUUUGGGCAAAGUUCACAUUCCCAGUUUGCCACCGCCAAAUUGGGUAGUUUAACGUCACGUUCUAUAUAUUUCGGAAAAGAUGCAUUCAAAGCUGGUUUCUGGAGUUUAAAACACUAUGUCGACUGGAUUAUAAAGAAUGGAAGUGAAUUACCGUUAUGGAAAACGUGUUUGGCUGACUUUUACGGCUCGUCGAAACUUAUAGUUAGCCUUAGAUCGUUACCACGACUCGAUCGUGUUGUUGCUGAAAAAAUCCUAAAAGCUAAAGAGCUUCCCAAAACCAAGAAACUUAUUGAAGACCUUCGAAUACCAUACGAACGGGCAUACGACGGAAAAUAUGGAAAAUCUAUUUAUAAGUCUGACUCUAGUGCAUGUGCAACAGGAAGAGAAUAUAUUUGUUUCAGCGAGCAAAAAAAUGCGAACGAAAAAGGAGAAGGUUUAGGUGAAGAGUGUGUCUCGAAAAAUGAGAACUGCCUUCUUAUUUCGGAGGAAUCGGAAUUCUUUCCAAAUGAUUAUAACAAAGAAAAUGUUGACGAUGAGGAUGAAUUCGAUGUCAUGGACAAAAAUCUUUACACGAAAAGGAAAUGGAAGCUAGAGUCAGGAAGGUUUGUUGAAGAUGUACUCUAUGAGCUUGGAAUGAAAUGCCGAUACUACAAUCUUGUUCACUCUUUCAUACUCGAUCCUACGGAUGAGUUUAUUAAAAACGUAUUCAAAGAAGAGGAGUUAUCUGAAAUAAUUAAAAAGGGGAACGGGAAUGAUCCACUGGAAAUUGAUGAUGAGAUCCUCGA